GGCAAACGUAAAGUUGCUGUAAAAGUGACAGUUGAUUCUCUUCAUUCUUUUUGAAGGGAUAGGGCGGAGCUAAGUCGCCGCAAUCAAAAAGCCUCCAUGAAGCAUCACUAUCGCCGCCACUGCCACCAAGUCAUAACCGUUAACCGCCGCCACUAUGCCACCAAAUACAUAGCCAAAAUAACCUCAACUUCCCCAAGCGGCCGCAUCCUCUCCGCCGAAGUCUUCACUCCUAUCCUCCCCGCCGACUCCCGCGGCUACCCAAUCCCACGCCACCACCUCAUCUGUAAAGCCACACAUAUUCUUACCAAAUCCCCAUCCGAUCCUUUCCUCGAUCUCUCCCAAUACCUGUCCUCCCUCUCCCCAACGCUCACCACCACCGAAGCCUCCCUCAUUCUCAAAUCCCUAAACUGCUCUUCGCUCGCCUUAAGGUUCUUCCACUUUUGCCCCUCCCUUUGCCCCAAUUUCCGCCACGACCCUUUCACCUACGCGCGUCUCUUCCUCAUUCUGUCCAAAUCAUUGCGCCCCGACCGCUUCGACACCGUCCGGUCACUCCUCCACGACAUGGAGAAAUCCGGCACUCGUGGCAACAUCUCCAUCAUCAAUAUCCUCAUCGGAUUUUUUGGAAACACUGAGGAUUUGGACACUUGUAAAAUGCUAGUGAAGAAAUGGGAGUUGAAGAUGAACGCUUAUACUUAUAAGUGCCUGGUUCAAGCUUACUUAAGGUCACGCGACUCCGGGAAGGCGUUUUCGGUUUAUGAGGAGAUGAAGAGGAAAGGCUAUAAAUUGGAUGUGUUUGGUUAUAACAUGUUGUUGGAUGCUUUGGCAAAGGAUGAAAAGGUUGAUGAGGCAUACAUGGUUUUUGAAGACAUGAGACGAAAGCAUUGUGAGCCUGAUGAGUACACAUAUACAAUUAUGAUCAGAUUGACUGGAAAACUUGGUAGAUGUGAUGAAUCACUGAAAUUUUUUGAUGAAAUGAUAUCGAAAGGCUGUUCUCUUAAUUUAAUUGCUUAUAAUACAAUAAUUCAGGCACUAGCCAAUGGGCGGAUGGUUGACAAGGUUAUUAGCCUCUUCUCUAAAAUGGUGGGGAAAGGUUGUCGGCCCAAUGAAUUUACAUACAGUGUCAUUCUAAACGUUCUGGUUGCAGAAGGGCGGCUUAAUAAACUAGAUGAAGUUAUUGAAGUAUCAAAGAAAUAUAUGAGUAAGUCAAUAUAUGCAUAUCUUGUAAGGACGCUGAGUAAGCUGGGUCAUGCAAGUGAGGCUCACCGGUUAUUUUGCAACAUGUGGAACUUCCACGAUAAGGGAGACAAGGAUGCUUAUGUGUCAAUGUUGGAAAGCCUGUGUAGUGCGGGUAAAACAACUGAGGCUCUGGACCUGCUAAGUAAGAUUCAUGAAAAGGGAAUAAAUACUGAUACGGGCAUGUAUAACACAGUGAUUUCAACACUUGGUAGGUUAAAGCAAAUAUCCCAUCUUCAUGACCUUUAUGAAAAGAUGAAACAGCAUGGCCCUUCGCCUGACAUAUUUACGUAUAAUAUUCUAAUCUCCAGCUUUGGAAGGGCUGGAAAAGUUGAUGAGGCUAUCGAAAUCUUUGAAGAACUUGAGAAAAGCGAUUGUAAACCUGAUAUUGUAUCUUAUAAUUCUUUGAUCAAUUGCCUUGGGAAAAACGGUAAUCUUGAUGAAGCUCACAUAAGAUUCAAGGAGAUGCAAGAGAGAGGAUUAAAUCCUGAUGUUGUAACAUACAGCACACUCAUUGAGUGCUUUGGCAAAACAGAUAAAGUUGAGAUGGCUUGCACAUUAUUUGAUGAAAUGCUUGCUGAAGGCUGCUAUCCUAACAUUGUGACAUACAACAUUUUGCUCGACUGUCUCGAGAAAAGUGGGAGGACUGCCGAAGCAGUGGAUCUCUAUGCAAAGCUUAAGCAGCAGGGGUUAACACCUGAUUCAAUUACAUAUGCGGUGCUUGAACGGCUGCAAAGUGGUCCACGGAAGAAAUUCAAAGUUCGCAGGCAAAAUCCCAUUACUGGUUGGAUUGUUAGCCCUCUGAGAUGAUGGUGAUGAUUAAAUUUUCAAUGCAUGACUACAAAAGGUUACACAUAAAUUUAACCACUGUUCAUUUGGUUAGCUAAUUUGAGGUUUUUUUUCCACCUUAUAAACCCCUUUAUGAGUCAGAAUUGAGAAAAAGGUUUCUAGAGCUGACCCUAAGUAGUUACAUAUCAAGGCUAGGGUGAGUUGAGUUGUGUGCUUAGCUGGUUGGUCGGAGAAGCUCCUUAAGGGAUGUAUCUGGUUUAGAUAAUAUUGUUACAGAGUAUCUAAUUGGUUCUCAGUACAUUGUGGAUUACUUUCAUAGAUAAAGUACAAUAGGGCACAAGGGGAGAAGAUUUUGCUUAUUUUGGCUCCUACUAUGCUUGUUGGUUUGCUGCUAAGCUAGUGACAGCAGGGGAGGGCCUUAAUGAUGACACAAGCAUUUCUAUCGGAAAUAAGGAGCCUGCAAGCUUUGAGCCUGCUAGAAACCUUCUCUGAUGAUAUAUCAAGGUUCAUAAUGCAUUUGGCUUCUUAGAAUGCUCUUCCCCUCCCCUCCCUGACCUUUUUCUUUGGAUAAGCACUGUAUCUGUUCUCAAUCUGUACCAUAUCUGUUUAUUUGCAGAUACUUUUGAAUCUGUGCCCCUUCCAAUUUUAUUAAAGGCUGGCAUUCUGAAUAACACUUACAUAUUGCAAUGAAGUUGUAGGAUAGGGUCUUGGAGAUCCCCCCUUUGCAAUCCGAAUUAUCUUUCUUCUGGUGUUGUUCAAAAAUAUUCUUCGUUCUCAAUUUUAUAUAGUGAAAAUAAUAAAAUUUACUUAUCUCCCUUUUUCCUCAUUGUUCUUUUGUUAGGGCCAUAUCCAAUGCAUCUAGGUUUAGCCCAUGAAUUCAUGAUGCAUGGUUGCAUGGCAUAUAUAGCUUAUUAAAACGUGUAUAGACCAUUAGCAUUGAUCAUUUUAUUGUUCAUAUUUAAUAUCAAACAUGUUUUAUGUGGGUGCCUUUAUGAAAUAUUGGAACUUCAGCAGAAUAUUGUGGUUUGCAAGAACUGUUGACAAGUGAUGAUUUUCGUUUUGUGAUAAAAUGGAGAAAAUUAAGAUAGGCUCUUUUCUCCUCAUGGACAGUUAGUUACUUAUCAUCGAAAGCAGGCUAUUAAGAUUCAUUCCUCAAUAUUUAGCGGUGAAAUUUAGUUAUCCAGUGCAUGCACUGCAUCCUUGUGCUAGCUUUCUAACGCAA